GCGCGUCCCCGGCUUUAUGGGGCGGUAUCACGUGGGUGGUGACGUCGGCAGGCCUGCGCGCAGCCGUGACCGGUGUAAAGAAGAUGGUGCUCAUCAAGGAAUAUCGUGUGGUCUUGCCAUGCUCGGUGGAAGAGUAUCAAGUCGGGCAGCUUUUCUCGGUGGCUGAGGCCAGUAAAAACGAGACGGGUGGAGGAGAAGGCAUUGAAGUGCUCAAGAAUGAACCCUAUGAGAAGGAAGGCGAGAAGGGACAAUACACACACAAAAUCUACCACUUAAAGAGUAAAGUGCCAGGCUUUGUGAAGAUGAUCGCACCAGAGGGGGCGUUAGUUUUCCACGAAAAGGCCUGGAAUGCUUAUCCAUACUGCCGCACGAUUGUGACUAAUGAAUACAUGAAAGAUGACUUCAUGAUUAAAAUUGAAACAUGGCACAAACCUGACACGGGCUCUUUAGAGAAUGUACAUGAUCUGGAUCCCACCACAUGGAAGACGGUGGAAGUCGUGCAUAUCGAUAUAGCCGAUCGGUCUCAGGUUGAACCUGGAGAUUAUAAACUGGCAGAGGACCCAGCAAUCUUUCAUUCAGAGAAAACGGGCCGUGGACCUUUGGGACCGGACUGGAAGAAAGAGCUCUUGGCUAAGCCGGACGCCCCUCGUAUGUGUGCGUACAAACUAGUCACCGUCAAGUUCAAGUGGUGGGGCCUGCAAACCAAAAUAGAAAACUUCAUCCACAAGCAAGAGAAGAGAAUCUUCACCAACUUUCACCGUCAGCUCUUCUGUUGGAUUGACAGCUGGGUGGAGCUCACCAUGGAGGACAUCCGCCGGAUGGAGGAGGAGACGCAGCGAGAGCUGGAAGAGAUGCGUCAAAAGGGGUCUGUACGAGGCACGACUGCAGCCGAAGAUUAGCCGAAUCCUUUUAGUAUCACAAGGCAGGUGGAGAGACUCUCUUCGUAAAACUGGUCAGGUUCGAGGCACCAGUGCUGCUCAUGAACAAUGAGGCUAAACUUCAAGAAUCCAACCACGAUGACACUUGAUGAAAGACAUCUCCACAUCCAUCCAAACCGGCCAGUAGCUGCGCCGUCCUCCACCAGCAGACCGCAGAAUGACACAGUGAUCAGUAGUACUGUACUCACACACCUGCCGACAGACUGGACCUGCUUUUAGAUCAUGCAGGUUGAUCCUGCGAAACAUCAGAUUAUUGCUGUAUGGUUGUGUUAUUCCAUUUCAGAAACAAAACGACUUAAUUCUGGCAGGCAUUGGACCAAUUCUUUGUGUUUUUGUCUAAUUUUAUCUGUUUGUAAUGGUUCAGAUCUUUAUUUUUUUCUUGUCUGUGUUUAGUCUUUCCCCCAGAUGAAGCACUUCUUUUGGUUCCUUUAAAAUCCUAAUCACGUUUUAAUUAGUAGACUGUCAUUUCGUAUCAGCGUAGUCCUGCCUUUCUAAGGAAAAAUUUGUGAUGCUACUGCACGGAAUGCACAUUUGUGCAAGAACACAUGUCCACCUCGCAAAACCUUCGCCGCGAGUGGCUUUUGCAUGAGCUCAGGCAUGUUUUUGAGAGGGUCUUCAUGUUCGCGUGACGUAACCCCUCAGGACUCUUCAGGUUCUCCUCACCAAAAUCCAGAGUAACUACCAGAGCAAAUCGCCAUUGCUGCUGCUUUUUCUUAUUUUUAGAGUCGUCUUAGGACAGGCAAAGUGCUUUUAUAUUGCUAAUCUACCUGUAACGCUCUCAGGGUUCCCACGGUCUUGGAAAAUCCUGGAGAUAUCAGGGAAAAAUUGUGAUUUCCAGGCGCGGAAAAGUCUCAGUUCAUUACAAGUGUGCAUACAUAAAGCAGCUUCCCUUAGCAAAUUAUAAAAAAAAAAUUUUUUAAAUCGUCAUUUCACUAUUAAAGCUGCAAUGCAUGCAAACCAUGUCGACGUUUAAAAGCAGAAGUGUGAUGAUUCUUGUUUAAUCUAUGAAGUCAUAAAUCUAAAUAGCCAUUUCUGAGGUAUAACACCUCUGCUUACUGACAUGCGAACAGUGACUCCUUUCUGGAAUCCUUGCGCAUAUUAUGCAAAUGUUACUGGCGUUCUCAUGACAACAGAUUUAAAUUCGGUGGCACUGGCAGUAAGAGAUUCCAGUGCACAAGUCUCAUGGUUUUACUGUGCACUUGAAUCUUUAUCUUGACCAGCCCUAACAAAAACGGACAACCUGAAAUUUUCUACAAUCGACAUGCUGUCCCCAAAGCUUUUCUUUAAUGAAAUCAUAAAGCAUAAAUUGAUAUAUUUAUAUAAUGAAUAUUGCAUUAUCUGUAAAAUGAUGGAUCAGAACGUGCAGGAACGCUGAGUUCUGCGCCUGAAGGAGUGUGUAGAUGCCUCAGCAGACGCUUAGGGUAAAGAGGACAGCUUUAUAAACACAUUUUAAAGAGCUUGAUAUUUGUAUAGUUUCUAUAUCGUACCAGGUCAGAGUAUCGGGAUGUGCAGGUGGAAUAAUUCUACUUCCUGUGCUCCUCGUCUCUGGCUUUCCUGCACCAGCUCAGAUCAUCCAGCCUUGCAAAAAGAGUCUGCUGUUUGUGCAAGGCUGUUUUAUCUUCUCGUUUAUAAGUAACCGGUUUUUGACGUGUACGGUUCUCUGUGCCGGUCGAGAGGAUUUGAUCGUGCAUUAGUUUUUAUAGGUGGGCUUUCAUGGACAGCUGAUGGUUGGAGUUUGCACAGUUGAUGGUUUGGUGUGUUCACGUCCCUCUCAUUUCAAGGUCCCCGAUUGUUCACACAUUUCAUGCAAGCCGCCGGGUUCGGCCUCAGCAGCAAUCAAGGCGACGUUGACACGUACCUGUGUUCCUCUUCUCAGAUCCGGAUGGGAGGAAGUCAGGUUUAGAUGCUUUUUUUUUUUUUUUUUCAUGUUUUCUAGAUCAUAAUGAGCAACCAGUGCACUGACGUCUGUUCUGACAUACUGUCUCGAGUCUCACGGAUCGUGUGGUUUACCUUUGGGCAAGGUUUUCAGAUACAUUGAAUCAUAUUUUAAUAAAAGCAUAACUGCGCACUUGGAGAAUCUACUGUUUUUUGUUUGUUUUGUUUCUUGGGGAAUCACACAAUGCUGUUUUUCUGCUUUUUCUGAUUGUUUGUAAAUCAGGGGAAAUAUCAGUGAAUGUACAAUGGUGUGAUUUCUUCUACCCCCCCCCCCCCCCCACAGCUUUUGAAUUGGUUAUACAUUUAAUGAUUAACCGUAUAUCUAAUAAAUUUCGACACCAGUCAUG